AUGUCCUACAAACAAGUCAUCUACAACACCCCGCCGGCCCCGGCCAUCGACCCCUCGCUCAGCUCAGGGACCUUCCGCCUACACACCGUGCCCCAACCAGACCAUGUCCCCGCCGACAAGGUGCUCGUGCGCGUGCACUACCUCUCCCUCGACCCGGCCAUGCGCCAAUGGCUAACCGCCAAACGCUCCUACAUUGCACCCGUGGAGCGCGGCGCCGUCAUGCGCGGACAGAGCAUCGCGCAGGUCGUGGGCGUGGGCAACAAGCUGUCCUCUGAGUACCGGGUUGGUGACUGGGUGGUCGCAUACUCCGGGUGGCAGGAGUACGCGUUGCUAAGCGCGAAAGAAGCAGAGAAGAUCAUCGUCCCGCCGGGCGGGCGUCCGACGGACGCAAUGUCGGUGCUGGGAAUGACGGGGCUGACGGCUUAUUUCGGUAUGCUGGAAGUUGGCCAGCCGCGCGCGGGCGAUACCGUCGUUGUCUCUGGCGCGGCGGGGGCAACAGGUAUGGUUGCCGGUCAAAUUGCGCGCAUCAAGGGCGCCAAGCGCGUUGUUGGGCUGGCGGGUAGUAAAGACAAGUGUGAGUUCCUAGUUCGCGAGCUGGGCUUCGAUGCGGCAGUCAACUAUAAGGAUGCCGAUUGGCGCAAGCAACUUAAGGAGGCGACGCCCGAGUACAUCGAUGUGUUCUUCGAUAAUACCGGUGGCGACAUCCUCGAUGCUUGCUUGGCUCGCGCGAAUCGGGAUUCGCGAUUCGUCAUCUGCGGCGCCAUCAGUCAGUACAACGCUGCGAAGCCGCAGGGCCCGGCCAGCUUCAUGAAUGUCAUUGUAAGUUUCGUCGCUGAAUCAAUACUUGGAUAUUCUUCGCAGCUAACAAGGUCGCAGUCGCAACGUGUCACGAUGAAAGGCUUCAUUGUCUUCGACUAUGCCAAAAAAUACCCGGCCGCACUGAAGGAGCUGGCCUCCUGGUUGGCUCAAGGGAAACUCCAACGCAAGGAACAUAUCGUGCCCGGUGGGCUCAAGUCAGCACCGCAAGCUCUCGUGGACCUCUACAAAGGUGCAAAUACGGGCAAGAUGAUGGUGGAGGUGGCGCCAGUAGGCGAGGCCUUGAAGGCCAAGUUGUAG